AUGCAGACGGAGGCCCAGGACACGGUGGCCACACCCGAUUUGAGUUGUAUUCAGUCAUCAAAUGUCAGCAAUCAGGUGAAGACUGAGAACUUAGGCAAGACAUGCUCCCAAGGGACAUUGAAUUAUCCUGGAGAGGCUCACGCGAUCGGUAUGAAGCCCAGCCAAGAGUCCACGUUCUCUAACGAGCAGACUACAUUUACAGUAGUCGAUAACGGAGUGGCGGGCAAAGCGUUGCCACAUACGUCGGCCAGAGCAGAGACUACGCAGGGCGACAACGCCGAUGGUGACAAGGACCUGGAAUUGAUUAUCGAAGCCACUCGAAAGGCGAACUUGGUUUACGAGGUAAAGGUUUGCUUUCUGCUUUCUUUGAACGCUGAGGGACUACUCAGAGACGUAGUUGUGACUGGAUCGGGAAGCACUGUGUCCUCGUUGACGGAUCUCCCCCUGGACGAUCAACUAUCCAGUGGGGAGGGUGUUGAAGACACCCGCCUUCGUCGGAAUAUUCCUGAGGCGAUCACUGACGAGAAGGUAGGCAGUGAAGCCAAUGAUCCAGUAAAAUACGUCACGAAACCCGAAUCCCCGGACCUCCCGACGCAGUCUGGGAUUGAACGCAUCAAACUGCAACUAAGCUGUCCAAAAUUGGUGAACAACAACUUAGCCGAAAACAGAAUUGCUUUCUUAGACCUGCUGUCCGGUCCACAGAAGGGUUCAGAAAACCCAACUACUGUUUUUCUGAUGGAAGACGGUAAACUAGUAGAAAAGGGUCGCGGUCGACGGAAAGGCAAGGAGGCCUCCAUGGGAGACGGCGUCAAAGAUCACAUGGAUGAAAACCGACCAAAUACAUGCGUUUCGGAGGAGGAGAUUAAACCUUCCAUAGAGAUGUGCUUGUUUAAUGAUCUUCAGGAUACAGUGAGUCAAGAAAAGCAGGUGGAGUAG